UCAUCAAAACUCGUGCGUUCUUCAUCUCGUCUUCACCGAAAUAAUAUUAUACCUCUACCGUCAUUACAUCCAUCGUUAUUGUAUCUUUCAACAAAUUUUUUGACUGCCGAUACCACUUCAAAAUAUAACCAAAGAUUUUACAGCGAUAAAAAUAUUCGAGUAUUCGAUUUUAGAAGUGAUACUUCAACGUAUCCGACCGAUGAAAUGUUUGAUGUUAUGCGUAUUGCAUCAAGAGGCGACGAUGUGCAUAACGAGGAUAAGACGACCAAAGAACUUGAAACAUAUGUUGCCGAAUUAACAGGCUGUGAAGCUGGAUUAUUUGCUGUAUCAUCAACUAUGACAAAUCAACUCGCUAUUCGAACACAUCUUACACAACCACCACAUUCCGUUCUACUAGACAUCCGUUCGCACAUCUACAAAUACGAAGUAGGCGGACUAGCAUCACUCUCUCAAGCACUGGCAAUCCCCGUCGAACCACUAAACAAAAAUCACUUAACCGCCCACGAGAUAAAGUCAAACGUUAUAAGCGACGAAAUUCAUCGGGCUCCGACGCGUUUGGUUUGUCUAGAAAAUACACUCGACGGGGUUAUUUUUCCUUUUUCGGAGAUUAUACAAAUUUCGAGAAUCGCACGUGAGCAAGGGAUCAAAUUACAUUUGGAUGGGGCACGGUUAUGGAAUGCGUCGGCAGAGACGGGAAUUUCGUUGAAGCAAUAUGGGCAGUGUUUUGAUUCGAUAACGUUGUGCUUGUCGAAAGGUAUUGGCGCGCCGAUUGGGUCAAUAUUGGUUGGGGAUCAAAAGUUUAUUAAUAAGGCACGUCACUUUCGAAAGCAGUUUGGUGGCGGUUGGCGUCAAUCGGGAUUACUGGCUGCAGCUGCCAAUUUUGCUAUCCAAAAAACUUACCCAGAUCUACUAAAGGAAACACACAUACUGGCCCGUCAUCUCGCCAAAGGACUUCAAAAUCACGGUAUCCUUAUACUGAAACCAGUCGACACAAAUAUGAUUUUUAUCGACACUAAGCCCACCAAUUUACCAAUUACACGAUUGAUGAGAAAACUAGCGGAACACGAUAUUUUGAUUAGAGAUAGUCCGGGAACCACCACAAGAUUAGUGUUGCAUUAUCAAAUAACACGAGAAGCUGUUGAUAAAUUUCUUUGGGUUGUUGGUGAAGUAGUUGGCUGA